GCGCUGGACAAAAGCCUUACCUUCCGGUGUUCUGGCUGAGGUAUCGCGGAUGGUCAGUGCUUUCUGGGGAGGAUCCUGAAGAAUGGCCAGCCCUAGUUCUCAAGACAUGGUCUGUAGGUCAGUGACAUUCAGAGAUGUGGCUAUUGUCUUCUCUCGGAGGGAGUGGGCCUACCUGGAUGCUUCUCAGAGGGUCUUAUACAGGGACAUGAUGUUGGAGACUUACAGUAACCUCGUCACAGUGGUGGGAAGUUCCAUUUCCAAACCUGAUCUGAUCACCUUAUUAGAGCAGAAGAGAGAGCCCUGGAUGGUUGUGAAGAAACAAACAGACAGUCCCAGCCCAGAUUUGGAGUCAGAUCAUGAAGUUCAAAAAAUAUCUCCAGACAAUCGUAUUUCUAAUAUAAAUUCACCCAAAGAGAGCAUAAAGCAUAUAAGUAAAACUUUUGACCUCCAGGGCUCCAGUUUUAGUAAUGGCCCCAACUGUAUUACAUCCAAGGCACCACAGAGUUAUGAAGAAGGAGAUGCUAAUCAAAAGAUUACAAACAAGGAAAAACUACCUACUGACACCUGCCAGACUCCUACUCAUAAUACAAAAAAAACAUAUGAAUGUACUGAGUGUGGGAAAUACUUUGGUUGUAGUUCAGAUCUUACUCAGCAUCAGAGUAUUCAUACUGGAGAGAAACCCCAUGAAUGUAAGGAAUGUGGGAAAGCCUUCAAACUCCAACAACAGCUUAGAAGACAUCAGAAGUCUCACAGUGGUGAGAAACCUUUUGAAUGUGAUGAAUGUGGAAAGGCUUUUCAACUUCCCAGCAUGCUUAAGUACCACAAAACCAUUCAUACAAGUAUAAAACCAUUUGAAUGUGAGAAAUGUGGGAAGUCCUUCAAGCUUGUCUCCCACCUUGUUGAACAUAGGAGUGUUCAUGCUGGUGUGAAACCCUAUGAAUGUAAGGAAUGUGGGAAAGCCUUCAGACUCCAGCAGCAGCUUAGAAGACAUCAGAAGUCUCACAGUGGUGAGAGACCUUUUGAAUGUGAUGAAUGUGGAAAGGCUUUUCAUCUUCCCAGCCUGCUUAAGUACCACAAAACCAUGCAUACAAAUAUAAAACCAUUUGAAUGUGAGGAAUGUGGGAAGUCCUUCAAGCUAGUCUCCCGCCUUGUUGAACAUAGGAGUGUUCAUGCUGGUGUGAAACCCUAUGAAUGUAAGGAAUGUGGGAAAGCCUUCAGACUCCAGCAACAGCUUAGAAGACAUCAGAAGUCUCACAGUGGUGAGAAACCUUUUGAAUGUGAGAAAUGUGGGAAAGCCUUCAGACUUCCCCACCAACUAAAAGGACAUCAGAAAUCUCAUAGUGGUGAGAGACCUUUUGAAUGUGAGGAAUGUGGGAAGUCCUUUAAGCGAGUCUCCCACCUUGUUGAACAUAGGAUUAUUCAUGCUGGUGUGAAACCAUAUGAAUGUAAUGAAUGUGGAAAAGCCUUUAAACGUCGCUCAAACUUCUUGCAACAUCAGAAAAUUCAUACUGCUGAGAGACCCUUUCAGUGUAAGGAGUGUGGAAAGGCCUUCACUGUUUUGGCAGAGCUCACUAAGCACCAGGACAUUCAUACUGGAGAGAAAUCAUUUGAAUGUCAGCAGUGUGGGAAGAUAUUCAGUUGUGGUUCAUUGCUUUUGCAGCACCAGAAUAUUCAUACUGGUGAGAAACCCCUUGAAUGUAAUGUAUGUGGGAAGACUUUUAGGCUUCAGGCAUACCUUUCUGAGCAUCAGAAAACUCACACUGAUGAGAAACCUUUCAAGUGUAAGCUGUGUGGGUCAGCCUUCAGACAAAAGUCGCAACUUAAUGAGCAUCAGAGAAUCCAUACUAGUGAGAAACCAUAUCAAUGCAAGGAAUGUGGGAAAUGCUUUAGUCGACGUUCAAAUUUAACUGGGCAUCAGAGUAUUCACAAUGGAAAAAAACCCUUUAUUUGUAAGGAAUGUGGGAAAGUCUUUAGGCUUAAUAUACAUCUCAUUUGCCAUCAGAGAUUUCACGAUGGUGAAAGACCCUUUGAAUGUAAAGAAUGUGGAAAGGCUUUUAAUCUUCCCAGCCAGUUUAAUUACCACAAAAACAUUCUUCAUACAGGUAAAAAAAACCAUUUGAAUGUAAAGAAUGUGGGAAGUCCUUCAGUUGAGUCUCCUGCCUUGUUGAACAUAGGAUUAGUCAUACUGGUGUAAAAUCAUAUGAAUGUAGUCAGUGUGGGAAAGCCUUUAAUUGUUGAUGAAACCUUAGUCAACAUUAGAAAAUUCAUUCUGGUUUGAGACUCUUUCAGUGUAAGGAAUGUAGAAAGGCCUUCAUUGUUCUGGCAAAGCUCACUCAGCACCAGAACAUUCCUACUGGAGAGAAAUCAUUUUAAUGUGAGCACUGUGGGUCAGCCUUCACAUCUCAGUACCAGCUUACUCAACAUCAGCUAAUUCAUUCUUGUGAGAAGCUCUUUUAAUGCAAGGAAUGUGGGGGACCCUUUUGAUAUUAUCAGCAAUUUCAUACUGGUAAAGAUCCUUAUAAAUGUAAAGAAUGUAGGAAGUACCUUAUUUGUGGUAGAUACCUUAAAGCACAUUGAGGAAUUCAUAUUAGUGAGAAGAAACUUUACCAAUGUUAAGAAUUUGGUUGGAAGCCCUUUAGUUGAAAAUAAAAGUUUGUUUGACAUAUAAAAUUCAUAUUGGAAAGAAGCCUUAUAGGUGCAAGGAAUGUGGAAAAGCCUUUAGCAGUAAUUCUAAGCUACCUGUAUAUCAGAAUUCAUAAUGGUGAGAAAUCCUAUGAAAGUCAGAAAUGUGGGAAAAUGUUUAGAUUUAGUUCAGCC